AUGACUGCAGCUUUCCCCCUGGAGCUGAUGCAGAAGUUUCAAAAUGAUCCAGAGAUGCAAGCUCGUGCUGCCGCCAUCAUGGCCGAGAAGCGCCAGCAGGGUGCUGAUGCAGCCACUGGUGUCUUCGAGGCCGUCCCAACGUUCGAUGCCGAGAAGCAGCUCAUCGACGUUGGACCUGGAAGUGGCCACGAGUGGCAGGCUCCAGGACCGAACGACUUGAGAGGUGUCUGCCCUGGUCUUAACGCCUUCGCGAACCACGGUUUCCUCCCAAGAAAUGGAUACGCCACCGUUACGCAGUUCAUCGAUGUGACUGACAACAUCGUCGGCAUGGGCACCGACCUCUCUGCCUUCCUUGCUAUCCUUGGUGCUCUCAUCGAUAGCGGAGAUCUCAUGGCAUGGUCGAUCGGUGGCACUCCUCCACCUGGUGUUGGUGGCCUCCUCGCGCAAAAUGGACACGGUCUCAUUGGUUCGCACAACAAGUAUGAGAACGACGUCUCCCCCACCCGCCCUGACCUCUACGAGUCCGGCAACAACUACAUCACCCAAGCCGACCAGUUCCAAGAUCUGAUCAACGCUUCCCCUGGUGGUGUUGUCACUCUCGACAGCCUUGCUGAAUACCGCUCGCAAAGGUUCGAUCGCCAGAUUGCCAACAACCCCUACUUCUUCAACGCUCCGUUCCCAGGCAUCCUCGUGCAGCCAGCUGCUUUCACAUUCAUCUACCGAUUCAUGGCCAACCACAGCGAAGAAGAUCCCAUCGGAACGUUGACCUACGAUGUUAUUCAGAGCUGGUUUGGUAUCGAGGGUGAAAACGGAGCCUACACUGCUCCAUUCGGUCACGAGAGGAUCCCAGAAAACUGGUACCGCCGCAGCGUGACCGCUCCCUACUCCAUCCCGUACUUCCUGGGAGAUGUUUUGAACUUUGCUGCUCUCCACCCCAAGUUCCUCGACAUUGGAGGUAACUUGGAUGGGAAAACGAACAACUUCGCCGGCGUCAAUGUCGAAAACCUGACCGGUGGUGUCUUCAACUCUGCCGACCUGCUCCAGGGUAAUAACCUUGGCUGCUUCGCUUUCCAGACUGCCGCUCAGAUCAAGGCCGAUCUCGUCCUUCAAGACCUGCUCAACCAAUUGCAGAACGCUGUUGGUGAUAUUGUUACUCAGCUCGGCUGCCCUCAACUGGAGGCCAUUGAUGAGGCACAGCUCGAACAAUUCCCUGGUUACACCAAGGAUCCUGAGUUCAAGAGAAAGUCUUAG